CACUGAUCAAAACACCACUUCGCAAAACUAAAAAAUAAUAAAAUUAAUUAUUAAAGUGCAGGAAAUAAUUCUGAGCUAUUUCAAAUUACGGCAGAAAAUUAUAAAAUAUCCGGGGAAUCAAGGAACACCACACACCGUGCGCAUAUAAAUACGGUCACUGCUCAGCACUUAUUUUGUUCGGUCUGACGUCAUCUCACUUGGGCAAAGAUGAAAACCCCCGUGUCCGCCGCUUCCCUAGCCAAUGCGAAUGCAUCGAGCGGCAAUGCUGGAUCGGGCGCCGCACCGAUUGUGCCAAAGACAGAACCAGUAGGCAACGAAGAGAACUCGGCGAUGUCGUUGGAUUUUCAAACACCUGGCCUCACCUCAACGCCCAACGCGAAUAAACGUCCAGGCUUCUUGGAUCUGAACAACAAGGCAGCGAAAAACAAGCGCAUUAUUGCGCCGCUGGUGAUAAACUCGCCAGAUCUGCAAGCCAAGACCCUGAACACACCAGACCUGGAAAAAAUACUGCUCUCCAACAACAUGAUCCAAACGCCGCAGCCAGGCAAAGUGUUUCCAACCAAGGUGGGACCGGUUACCUCUGAACAGGAAGCCUUUGGAAAGGGCUUCGAGGAGGCACUGCAGAACCUGCACACCAACUCGCAGGCCUUCCCGCCCAGCAAUCCAGCCGCCAACCCAACCGUCACUGGCACCACCAUGACGGCAGUGAACAAUGGCAUCAGCGGUGGAACCUUUACCUAUGCGAACAUGGGCGAUGGCUUCUCGGUCAUCAAGGAUGAGCCCCAGAACCCAGCGGGCUCACCAACAGUGAGUCCAAUCGAUAUGGAAACCCAGGAGAAGAUCAAGCUUGAGCGCAAACGUCAACGGAAUCGCGUUGCCGCAUCCAAGUGCCGCAAGCGGAAGCUGGAACGCAUCUCGAAACUGGAAGACCGUGUAAAGAUUCUGAAGGGCGAAAACGUCGAUUUGGGCGGCAUUGUGAAGAGCCUCAAGGACCAUGUGGCGCAGCUGAAGCAGCAGGUCAUCGAGCAUAUGGAAGCCGGAUGCACCGUGCCAACGAUUUCGGCGCCAGCCGUGCUAUCGGGCAAAUAACAUAUGGAUACCACUGAGGAGCCAUUUGCGUU